AUGCAGCUGCUGCUCCCGCUAUUGGCCGUCCUGAGUUGCGUCAUCAAGUCGCGGGGUAACACGGAAAUUGUCAACUUCCACACGGAUUCGCGGUCGGACGUACCAGCGCUUCCGCCCUCUCCACUUCUCCCAGCACCUUCCACCGCGAACUGGGUGAUACUACCCGCACAACUCGGAACUCCACGCUCCCAAAUCUGUGUAACUCAAUCUACGGAACCAUGCCCGCAUGAGCUGUGGUACACGCUCGAUCUCGACUCUUCCCAUUCGAGAUACACAUUGCGAAUUUCAUACGCCGCGUCUUUCCCCACAGACUUUUUCAUCGACAUUCUGUCUCCAGAAGAAGCCGCGGCAGUCCGAGGUCUAUGGUCCAGCACAAACAACACCUCUCCUUCGGCCGAAACGCGUAGAAGAUAUGCACGGAUUCGGGCUGUGGACACAGGCGUUCGGACACCCCAACUGGUUCCCUUCUGGCCAUAUUCUGUUUGGACAGGCCAUGUGGCGCUGUCGGCGGCGGGAACAACAUCAGUCCCGUUUACUCUUACGCUAGAACCUUUGCUUUUGGGCGCUCUACCUGCUGGCCUCGUUCCGUUCCUGUUCGUCGCAGCCGUUGUCUUGGGUGUUCUCAUUUGGGGUGUGCUGCCACCUGUCCUUAAGGCCAUACAGAGUGCUGCGGAUGAUGUGAACCGAGACGUGAGGGCCGAUAAGAAGUCUAAAUAG